UCUUAUCAUUGGUAUGCAUCUCAUUUUUAGCUAAGAAACAUUAGUUUCAAGCAAUAUUCCGAUUUGAGGAUAUUGCUGAAAAUGAGAGGCAUGUGGCUGCUGAGGCAUUGGCCUCAACUAUUUUUUGCUUUAGUGUUUUGCCUUAUUUCUGAUUGUUCUAAACCUUAUGUUUAUGCUUUUGAUCAACCACCACCGGACCAUGUUAAUCACCCUCCCAACAAUGAUCAGAAGCUACCAACGAAGCUUGUUUCGUAUCCCUACCAUUACAAACCACCACCACCACCGCCGCCACCACCAAAGCGUAUAACAUUCCCACCAUUUUUCAACUGGAAUUCUCCGCCCCCACCACCAAAGCAUGUAAAGUUCCCACCUUAUUACAACAAAAAGUCCCCACCGCCACCACCAAAGUAUAUAAAGUUCCCACCUUAUUACCACAAAAAAUCCCCACCGCCACCACCAAAGCAAAUAAAGUUCCCACCUUAUUACCACAAAAGGUCUCCACCGCCACCACCAAAGCAAAUAAAGUUCCCACCUUAUUACCACAAAAGGUCUCCACCGCCACCACCAAAGCCUAUAAAGUUCCCACCUUACCACAAAAAGUCACCGCCGCCGCCACCUCCUUCCUAUUCACCACCACCACCCCUUUCCCAUUCACCACCACCACCCCCACUCUACUUGGCGCCAUUUCCUUCACCUGGUUCACCGUCUCCACCCCACUCACCAUCACCAACUCCGUCACCUGGUUCAUCGCCACCUCAUCCAUCCCACUCUGCACCAGCUCCUUCACCUGGUUCACUGCCUCCACAGCACCCACCCCAUUCACCGUCACCAGCUCCCUUACCUAAUUCACCACCACCACCCCCACCCUACUCAGCACCAGCUCCUUCACCUGAUUCAUCAUCCCCACUGCACUCACCGUCACCAGCUCCCUCACCUAGUUCACCCCCACCCUACUCAGCGCCAUCUCCUUCACCUGAAUCGCCGCCCCCAACCCACUCACUGUCACCAGCUUGGUCACCUAGUUCACCACCACCACCCUACUCUGCGCCAGCUCCUUCACCUGAUUCACCACUCUCAUCCCAGUCACCAUCACCAGCUCCUUCACCUGAUUCACCACCCAUAAUCCACUCACCGUCACCAGCUCCGUCACCUAGUUCACCACCACCCUAUUCAGCGCCAGCCCCUUCACCUGAUUCACCACCCCAACCCCACUCACCGUCACCAGCUCCCUCACCUAGUUCACCACCACCACCCCCACCCUACUCAGUGCCAACUCCUUCACCUGAUUCACCACCCCCAACCCACUCACCAUCACCAGCUCUGCCACCUAGUUCACCACCACCACCCUACUCAGCGCCAGCUCCUUCACCUGAUUCACCACCCCCACCUCAGUCACCAUCACCACCAGCUCAUUCACCUGAUUCACCACCCCCAACCCACGCACCGUCACCAGCUCCAUCACCUAGUUCACCACCACCACAACCACCAUACUCAGCGCCAGCUCCUUCACCUGAUUCACCACCCCCACCCCAGUCACCAUCACCAGCUCCUUCACCUAAUUCUCCAUCCCUAACCCACUCACCGUCACCAGCUCUGUCACCUAGUUCACCACCACCACCCUACUCAGCACCAUCCCCUUCACCUGAUUCACCACCCCAACCCCACUCACUGUCACCAGCUCCCUCACCUAGUUCACCACCCCUACCCUACCUAGCGCCAGCUCCUUCACCUGAUUCACCACCCCCAACCCACUCACCGUCACCGUCACCAUCACCAGCCCUGUCACCUAGUUCACCACCACCACCCUACUCAGCGCCAGCUCCUUCACCUGAUUCACCACCCCCACCCCAGUCACCAUCACCAUCACCAUCUCCUUCACCUGAUUCACCACCCCUAACCCACUCACCGUCACCAGCUCAGUCACCUAGUUCACCACCACCACCCUACUCAACACCAACCCCUUCACCUGAUUCACCACCCCCACCCCAGUCACCAUCACCAACUCCUUCACCUAAUUAUCCACCCCUAACACAUUCACCGUCACCAGCUCCGUCACCUAGUUCACCACCACCACCCUACUUAACGCCAGCCCCUUCACCUGAUUCACCACCUCAACCCCACUCACCGUCACCAGCUCCCUCACCUAGUUCACCACCACCACCACCUGCACCCUACUCAGCGCCAGCUCCUUCACCCGAUUCACCACCCCCAACACACUCACCGUCACCAGCUAUAUCACCUAGUUCACCACCACCACCCUACUCAGCACCAGCUCCUUCACCUGAUUCACCACCCCCACCUCAGUCACCAUCACCAGCUCCUUCACCUGAUUCACCACCCCCAACCCACUCACCAUCACCAGCUCCUUCACUUGAUUCCCCACCCCCAUCCCAGUCACCAUCACCAACUCCUUCACCCGAUUCACCAUCACCAACCCCCUCACGUAGUUCAUCACCUCCACCCUCACCCUACUCAACGCCAAUUCCUUCACCCGAUUCACCAUCCCCACCCCACUCACCGUCACCAGCACCCUCACCUAGUUCACCACAACCACCCACACCUUACUUAGCGCCAGUUCCUUCACCUAAUUCACCACCCUUACCCCAUUCACCGUCACCAGCUCCCUCACUUAGUUCAUCGCCUCCUACACCUAGUUCAUCGCCUCCACUGCCACCACCUCACUCGGCGCCAACUCCUUCACCUGGUUCACCGCCCCCACCUCGCUCACUGUCACCAACUCCCUUAGCUGAUUCACCGACUCCACCUCCCCAAUCCCAUUCACCACCACCGUCACUAGCUCCCACACCUAGUUCACUGUUACCACCCCUACCUAGCUUGGCGCCAACUCCUUCACCUAGUUCACUACCUCCACUACUAGCUCCUUCACCUAGUUCACCGCCACCACCCUCACCUAGCACAGGGAUGCCUCCCUCACCUAGUUCACCGCCUCCACCACAAUUGUCACCACCGCCACCACUAUAUUCACCACCUCCACCACACUUUCCACCACCGCCCCCACUUCAUUCCCCACAAGCUCACCCACGCCACUCACCGCCACCGCCGCCACGCUGGUCACUCCCACCUCCCCCACGCCACUCACCGCCACCACCGCCACGCUGGUCAAUCCCACCUCCCUCACACCGCUCACCGCCACCACCGCCACGACGUUCACCGCCACCGCCCCCACGCCGCUCACCGCCACCGCCUCCUCGCCGCUCACCACCACCGCCCCCACGUCGCUCACCACCACCGCCCCCACGCCGCUCACCGCCACCGCCUCCUCGCCAUUCACCACCACCGCCCCCACGUCGCUCACCACCACCGCCUCCACGUCGCUCACCGCCACCACCCCCACGCCGCUCACCGCCACCUCCUCCACACUGGUAAAUUAUCCAUUUUGAAUAAUAUAUUGCAUGAGAAAUAUAAGAAGACAUGUCAUUUGUUUGUAACACAAUAAGUCCAUGUUAUCAAUUCUAUAAGUGAAUUUGAUAUUGUAAUGGAAUUGUACUAUCUAUUUAACGACAUGGAAAUAAAGAUUUGAGAUUUACUUGUAAA